CGCUCAGACUCGGUCACAGGGGCUAGCUACAAGCAGCCUAGCCUAGGCUAGUUUAGGGGCCAACAUCUUCUUCGCACGAUCGCUAUUCGGACGCGAUCGAUGUCACUGUGUCCGUGUCACUGCACUGGUCGCGUGCACACGACACAAGCACUGAAGCAGUGAUGAAAUGAAAAAGAAACCAUCGAGCGGAGAAGGAUCGAUGCGUGAUGAAUGGGUGGUCGAUUUCGCAGAAGAUUCAGAUCAUGUCGACGAUCCUGUACUGCCCACAUGUCGCGAUAUUAUCGGCAGGUACUAGGUCGAAAAAUCUCCCAACACGCCACGCGAACGUGAAAGCCAAAGAGCGACAGAUCGAGCCAGCACGAAAAUAAUCCACGAAGUAACCAUCGAGUCAUUGCGCUGCCAUUUCCAAUGCAAGCUUCGGCAACCAUACAUUGCAGUACGACAACUUCACGCUCGUAGUUUAUCAGUGCCACAAAGAUAUCAAAAUAAUUCACGAGGUCGUCAUUUCAACUGUUACUUGUAAAGCUGUAGUCUCUUCGGUAGAACGAGACACGACCGCCGACGGUGCACAAGAAGACUGCAGCCUGUGCAGGCAGCGAAAAUCAACUCACAGGUGGCUUAGUAGUUACGUUUGGAAACAGACAAAUGGGGACGAUUCCAGAAACUCCUGUCCAGCUACUCGCAGUUUGCUGCAGCACAUUUGUAUGUGUGAUGCUGAUUUCGUGUGCCCAGCCAAGUCACGGUCAACAAGCAGUGCACCAACAACAGUACAACAUCCCUGUCCAGUGGAGAGUUGGACCACCGGGCCGAGCAGGUCGCCCGGGGGAGCAUGGCCCACCGGGUGUUGCGGGCUAUCCCGGGCCACCAGGACGACCUGGUCGGGAGGGCAGAGAUGGCCCAGCUGGAGCACCGGGGUUACCGGGCCCUCAAGGUCCUCCCGGUCCACUUCUGGUGCAUUAUGCAGGCGAGCCAGGUGAAGCAGGCACGCCUGGUGUGAACGGAUCAGUCGGACCAAUAGGCCCUACAGGAUUGCCAGGUGACCGUGGCAAGAAGGGUCUAAAGGGAGAUACAGGUGUCCACGGUGGAGAUGGUAAAGACGGAGCAAAGGGAGAGAAGGGUCACCAAGGACACAGAGGCAAAAAAGGUGAGCCAGGUGCGGCAGUCAAGGGAGAUAGCGGAGUCAAAGGAGAUCCCGGAGAACUCGGCAAACCAGGUCCUAAAGGACACUCGGGACAUCACGGCAAGAGAGGAGAUAUCGGCCCAAUGGGGCCAGCAGGCGAUGCAGGCAAGUCGGGUCGCCCAGGCACACAGGGCAGACCGGGAGAUAAGGGCGAGAAAGGUGAGCAAGGUGCGGAUGGUGUUGGACAUAAAGGAGAACCGGGCACAAUGAGCGAGAAAGGACAGAAAGGUGACCAGGGAGACUCGGGCAGGGAUGCACAGAUUCAGGAAAGCCACCUUCACAUCAUAGUCGAUCAACUUGUGAAGAACAACACCCUCAUGGACCAACUUGUGAACAACCCAACAUUUAUGCGAGAUCUCGACCUGCUGUUCGCUGUGCACAGCAAGCCGGGGCCAAAAGGAGAGCCAGGAAGAAAGGGUGAGGCAGGGCUAAAAGGAGAAGCAGGAGAUAGCAAACAACCUGAAGGAUCCGUUGCUCCGGCUGGCGCUAAAGCAGAUGAGAAGAGCAGUGGACAGGCACAACUAGUCAUCCCGAAAUGCCAGCAGGGUCAGUACAUCACUUCCUAUGACGGACAGUCGCUCCAAUGCGAGUGGAUUCCAACAGAGAGUACUGGGAGUGGAUCACCCAUCACUAAUGAGCCGCCAACGCCAUACAAACUGUCAUCAGACAAAUACAGUGGUCACUGAAGUAUAUUGCAUGACAAUACUUACCACAGCAGCACCCAGUUCAACAGUGAGAACAAUACACAACACACAUUGAGAAGCUGAGCUAAACACCCGCCAAGAUAAUGAGUACCGGUACAGGAAUCAAGAAUAAUGGCACGCCUGAUGGGCGUUGAUUCUUUUCUUGAACACUGGUCCACCAUGGGAGUUACGGCACAUGUAUUCUUCAGUUCAUAAACAGCUUACACAAUGGUCACUUACUUCCACAUUCCAGUCCCUCGUGACAUUACAAAAGUGUCACUCAUGUACAAUACGCCAAUACUUGCUCGCGUGUCACAAAUUGCUUUGCACCUGUACAAAAUCUGUUUAGUUACUAAGAAUUCUCCAGUGUGGCUUCUGAAUGAAUGAUAUCACUCCAUGA